GGAGGUUGGACCCUGUGGUUCCUUCCAUCCUUAUUCAAUGAUUCUACUGCUGUGAGUUUCGGAGAUCAGCCAUGGGUGUUAGAGGCUUGCAGGGAUUUGUGGCAAGCGUUUGCCCUGAUGCGUGCCAAACGGUAGAUCUGAGAGAAAUGGCAGAAAAACAUCGCAUUGAUCAUCCUGAUUCCCCACCUGUUAUUGUAGUAGAUGCCAUGAGUUGCGUUAGACGCUGGUACACACCAGAAUCCUGGGUGUGCGGUGGCCAGUGGCGGGAGUACCUUGCCAUUUUAGAGGAUUUUAUCAAUGCUUUUAUGGCAGCUGGCAUCAAGUUGGUGUUUUAUUUCGAUGGGGUGGUCGAAGAGAAAAAGAGAGAUGAGUGGAUCAAACGGAGGAUGAAGAAUACUCAGGAAAUAGCCAGAUUAUUUCAGUUUGUCAAGACUCACAGGAAACAGCCAGGGAGGGAAAUGUUUGUUCUUCCUUCAGCUCUGCCUACUUUUACACGUUAUGCCCUGAAAUCACUUGGUCAAAAAACAGUCUGCACAUUGCAAGAGGCAGACUUUGAGGUGGCUGCAUAUGGUUUGCAGCACAACUGUAUAGGAAUUCUGGGGCAAGAUAGUGACUACCUCAUCUAUAAUACAUGUCCCUACUUUUCCAUUGAGAACCUCCGUUUGGACAAACUGGUCACUGUUAUGUACUCUCGAGAAGUUCUUUGCCGUGUGCUGGGUAUUAGUUUGACACACCUUCCUCUCUUUGCCUGCUUGCUUGGCAAUGAUAUUGUUCCAGAAAGCAUGUUGGAAGGCUUUUGGCACAAAUGUUUAACCACCAGUCCCCGCAGGAAUAACAGCUACAACAGAAGAACAAACAUACUGCUGUCUGUAGCAAAUUACAUCUCAAAAAUUCCAUGCUCGUACAGCAGCCUGAAACACUUGGAAGAGAUUCUACCUCUGGGAUCAGACAAGACAUUGCUUUGCAGAGGAGUGAACUCCUAUCUUUUGCCUGGGCAGCAGUCUCCAUGGAUUCCUCCCAAUGUAACAAAUUGUCAAAUGUUAUCCCUUCAACAACAAUCAGCUCUCUGUCAAGAUAAAGAAAUCUUUCAGUUAGCUAAAGAACAGCAUAUCCAAUCUGAAAACUAUUUGGUCUUCAAUAUCCUGAGUCAUGGAGAGACUGAGUGCAGCAACUCCUUGGAAGAUGAUUAUGAUACAGAGAUUCCUGGACAGGCACUUAUCUAUCGCCCUGCUCGUCAGCAUAUUUAUUCUCUCUUGUUGGAAUCUGGAAAAGGUGGAAACCGUCCUUUGGUAAAAGAGUGGUUUGUCUAUUUUGGAAAUCCUCUCAAGCAGCCAGACCUCGUGCAACCUGUACAACCUUCUGUUACAGGUGGAACACCUAAUUUGAAAACACUGUGGUUUGCCAAAGGGCCUGACGUGGAGAAGCAACGGUAUAGGACAUUUCUGGCAUGCUUUAACCUUCAGGGUGAGAUGGAAGAACUCCAAGCUCUGGAAGCACCUGUUGCAGGAUUCUGCUGCUUGCUGGCCUAUCUUAUGAUGCAGGUCAGUAGCCUCUCUCUGGAGGAUUUAAAUGCAUUUCUGGCACUCAUUCUCUGCCUAAAAGGGAAGUCAGCAGCUCAACUGACAAGCCUGCAGCUUGCACAAGUAGACUCCAGGGCUGUACAUCUGGGCGCUGUCCUUAUCCGUGGCCUUACGACUUUGCUCCUGGCUAACAGUGCCUGCGGCUUUCCGUUCAGGAUGGAUGAUCUGAUGCCUUGGGCAGUGUUUGAUGGAAAACUUUUUCAAGAAAAAUACCAGCAGUCACACCGAAGUUGCUCUGUGGAAGAACUUUUGGAAGGCAACGAGUCUUUGUACACACCCUUCCAGAAUCUGAAAUCUCUCAUUUGCAAGGUUUGCAAGACAAAGAACAGAACGAUACAGAGCAGACCAAGAGGGAAUGGAUUUAACACAGGAAGAGAACAAAGAGAUUUUAAUCCCAGGCUCCAACAGCCACACAGAAGUCAUUUUGUUUCUCCAUAUCAUAACCAGAUGAGGGGGUUCACACAGAGACAUCUGCAAUCCCAAGGUAAAAAAUGGGUACACGUUUGUGGGUUUGGAAUUGCUCCUAUCAUCAGUAUAACAGCUCUGUGUCUACCUGCAGUUCAUGUUUAUGUGUGCAGUUACUCUACAGCAGUCAGCAACAAAAUUUGCAUCAGUUACACAGUUGUGUAUUGCCAUUUGCAAAAACUAACUCUGCAGGGUGAGGUGGAGUGUAGCACUGUAAUCUGCAGUCAUCUUCUACUCAAAGUGUUCUGGGAAAUAAGCUUUCAUGUGGUAUUUGUAAUUUUCAUGCUUGGUCUCAGCUGAGCUGUGUUUAAAAUUGUAAUAGUUCUAAAACAAAUUGGCACAGCUGCACAGAAAUGUGUCUGAAGUCUUUAGCUGCAGAUCUUCGUUCAUACUUCAACAAAACACUCAAGCAUAUGAAUAAAGUCAAGCACAUUCUUAAGUGGUUUUCUAGAUCAGGGUCUCUGCUUCCAGGUCACUGCCUAAGUGAUACCAAUGCAAGUUCUGUCUUGCCUUGGCAUUAAUCUUAAGUCAUUCACCAGUCUCACUUCUUGAACAGAACAGACAUUUCAGUGAAAGCCGCUGUGGAUAACACUGUUGAGCUGACUUAAUUCAGUUCUACUUCCUCGUUACUGUGAGUUGAAGCUCAUGCACGUAGAUUAAAGAAAAUAAGCAAAAGGAAGAGAGGUACCUAAGAAACAUCAAUUAUUUUAUUAAGUCUACAGAGCCUGAAUUUCUUUCAUGUUUCCAGGUGAGGUUUUCAAAUAAGAUCACUGAUGUGAUUAGGAAAUAUAAAUAAUAAAUAGAUACAGUGAAGUCUUUAAUGUGUUUCAGCUACCACUGUUGAAUGCUUCAGAGUAAGAUAAUAUCAUUUGAUUUACAAGUAAAAUUCUUUGACCCUCUAUGUAAAAUAUAAAACUAAAUUAUAGAGUAUGUAUGCUGACCAUAGGCAGGACCCAAACUGGUCACUGUUACCAGUUCUUGACCAUCUGAAGAAAUGACCUGAUAUUCAGGGAUCACAUAAUCUCUGACAGGCUCCAGAGGUCUUAUGGCUAGGUGUAUUCCACAACGUAUGUUCCACAGUAACUGUGCUGCUGUGUUAUAAAUGUCUUUCAGUAGCAUUAUUUAAACAUCUUGGCUUCUUCUACACUAGCCCUAUUUCUUCCCCUCAGGAUACUCUUAAAACGUGAUCCCACAACUGCAGUUAUAUCACCUGUGUUAUAAGUAAAACAGGUUUACUGGAAAAAUAAAUCUGUCCUUAUGAAAGGGCCCUGCAGUGUUUUAGAGCUCCUUUUAAAGUGAUCUGCCAACAUGACUCAUUUUGACAAAAUCCUAUUCCUAAGUUUGCUAAUAUUAGCACAGGUAUUUGGGUUACUUCUCUGUGUAUCUGUUGUCUCUGCUGUAUGUGUGUCUCACCAAAGAGAGAGAAAAAAAAGGAACAAAAAAGUAGCUUUUUUAUGUUUGUGGUAGCUUAUGUAAUAAAACUCCUUAGUAAUAUUACUGAUAUCUGUCUAUCCCAUCCUCUGUGUACCUUUUCAUGGUACACUGUUAUGACUCCUGCUAUUGCUUAUAAUAUAUAAAUCAUUGCAUUAAGUGCAGUGAAAAAUAAUGGAACAGUAACCAUGGGACCCAUAUCUUCUGUGUCAGGAGUGUACAUAAUGAUUAGGCAGCCUUUGCUCUCUCUUAUCAGUUAAUGUUUAAGAAUUCUGUGACAAUGUCUCAGCUUCACCAGUGGAGGAAAGAGUGCCUCCACCAAGAAAGCAUCACCCCAAGAAGCAGUGGUAUUUCUCUGAGAGGAUGGCUUGAAUCCCCUCAGGCAGAACAAGAACGGGACUCAGACAUCCUUCAUUAUAUGGUCAAUAAUAAUAACCACCCAGAUGCUGUAAUAAGAAGCUCAUCCUCUAGCUGUAUUUUGAGAACAGGGAAUUCAGCUGUGGCUUUUUUUGUGUUUUGGGAGGGUUGGGGGGCUUUUUGUUUGGUUUUAUUCAUUAACUUCUCUCCAUGAAUUUCUUGGCUGUGUGUUACAAAUGGAUAAAAGUAUAUCCGUGUUACUCAGAGCAGGACAUCUAAGCCUCAGGAAGAUAGAUUUCCCCUUAAUAUUUCUUAUUUGAUAAUUUAUGGAUUUUAGGUUUGUGGCUGCAACACCACACCAUAGCCCAUAUACCCUAUUGAUAGACAAACUUCAUUAAUUAGAAGUUAAGACCACUAAUACAUUGUUUUACAUCACAAUGUAAGCACAUUCUAUAAGAACCGAAAAAUAAACUGAGCAUGAAGAACUAUGGAAAACACUGUUAAUUAUCUGUUUCUUCACAGAAUGUAAUUGCAUCAAAAGGGUAUAUUCACUUCAGUCUUAGUGCACUGUAAAACACAUAACUGCUGACAAUACAAGCAGCCUCUCAUUUGCAAGAUACUUAGUCAGGUCUUCCACACUGGUGUUGCUUUCAAGCGUAUUUCUGAUUAAUAGGAUUUUGGUAGAAAUGUAAUGCUGAUGGGGACCUGGUAGAACUUCAGUGCUGAGAAAAGAUUUCACUUACAUUGUGAGUGCUCCUUUGCUAAUAGGACUCUCUAACUAAAGCAGUGUUGUGCAUAGACACACUUAAACCAGAAUGAAAAUAUUUGUAAAUAUAGUUUAUGUCUGGUUCUAAACAGUAUAUUAUCCUUACCUGCAUUCAUACGGUUAGAUCUACCAGCCACAGAUGAGAUUCACUAUCCCAACCCAUUAAUAUGACUGGGUUUGAAAGUUACAGUCACCCAAGGGUUUUAAGAAGAGCCACCAUGUACUUUAUCCUCCAGGAUCUCAGAAUACUAGCCAUUGUUACACAACUACUGGACGGGGACACUUUUUUUUUUAAGAUAUGUAUAAAUGUAACUUUUCUUGCAGGCUAUCUUAAUAAGCCCUUGUUUUCCUGCUUUAAUAUUCCUUGAAUGUAUUUAAUUCCUCUCUUACUCU